AUGGAUCCCGUUUCGGCGAUCGGCCUAGCCGCCAGUUUACUUACAUUUAUCGACUUCUCCUGGAACCUCCUUAGUGGUACACGCGAGGUAUAUCAAUCGGCAAGCGGAACCACAGCCGAGAAUGCACAUAUUAAUACCGUCCUUGCCGACCUCAUGGAGGUAUGCUCUGGCCUACACCUCGAUCACAAGGAACGUCAAGGCUCCACGCACCUCCAGCAAUUGGGGUUCCUGGGCGAUAACUGUAUCCAGCUUUCCCAGAAACUUAUUAGCUUGCUAGAAGAGCUUCGCCGAAAGGAUGGAAAUGCUUUGUGGCAAAGCUUCAAGGCGAGGUGGAAGAGCCUGAGAAGAGAAGGUGAGGUUGAAAGUUUAGUUAGACAGUUAGGGUUCUAUCGAUCACAGAUCAUACUACGGUUGAAUUUGAUUCUAAAGGAUCAGCAAUGCGCGCUGCUUUCUAAGAUUGAGGAGCUCAGGGAGGAAGCCGUUGCUUGCCGGAUGGAAACGAUGGGGCAUUUUGACAAUCUACGCGAGAAGCUUAUCCACGCGUUGGAAGCUGUACAGUCACAGCGCGACGAUACCACGGGCGCAUUUUCACGCCCGGUAGAUGCCAUAACGGCAUUAACUCCCCGGCCGGUAGCGCAGACUUUCGAGCCGUCAGAAUUUGAUCAAUUAAACCCGAUCCGAAUACUACUCUCCCAGCUUCAGAACCACGCCACGGAAAUUCAAGUCCAACAUCGAAUUUUGCGCGAGCUGGUCUCCCCUUCGGUCUCCUCUCGCGAAAACAGCAUAGCGGACGCUGUUGACGGUACUUUCGACUGGGUUCUCCAAGAGAAGGAUGGUCCACCUAUGACCGAGCCUGCUGUCGGGUAUGAAAAGCCAGGCGAUCACACAAGACCUCUUCCUCAUCACUUUGGUCUCGCCCCCGAAGAUGUAGUGCCUGGUCGACCAUGGAGACGAGACACAAGAAAAGACGAAGCCAACCGCAGCUAUGUCAGAGCUCUAUUCAAGUGGUGGCUUGUGUCUGGAAGCUAUGUCUUUCAUCUAUCUGGGAAGGCCGGCUCGGGCAAAUCCACCCUCAUGAAGUAUAUCUGGCAACAUCCGUUGACCAGACAGAGACUCCAGAAAUGGGCAAGCCCGAAGACGCCAAUCAUGGCUCACUUCUAUUUCUGGGCAGCAUCAGAGGAUGACCGGCUUGUGUCUCUCCAUGGUUUUUACCGCUCAAUCCUCUUCGAGAUUCUCAGGCAAUGCCCGGAUCUGAUAUCUAAAGUGUUUCCGAAUCAAUGGAGAGCACUCGGUGCAGCUGGUAACGUUAGCAAGAAUAUUUGGUACGCUUUCUUCCAUGAGUCGGAUAUCGUUGACGCCUUCGACCUUCUCAUGAAGUGCACCAUGGAUGAAACUCGGCAGUUUUGCUUCUUCAUAGAUGGGCUUGACGAGUUCCGCGGUGAUUUCUUGGCUCACAGACAGCUGACCGAGAAGCUAAUAUCUUGGACUACAAAUGGCUGCGUCAAGAUAUGCUCGAGUUCGAGGCCGGAUCCAGAGCGUCUAAACAUACUAUCCCGAUCCUCUAACAUUGUUGUUUCACUGCACGAGUUGACGAGAGGCGACAUCUACCAAUUCAGCCGGGCUAUGUUUGAGAAGGAUCUCAAUUUCGACCGAGUACAUGGCCACUAUCUGGAGCUUGUUCAGGAAAUCGUCGACAAAGCCGAUGGAGUGUUUCUCUGGGCUUUCCUAGUUGUUCGGCUGCUUUUAGAGUCUGUUGCCUUUGGAGAUGAUAUCGACAUUCUCUACGCCAAACUGAACUCAGUGCCAUUAGAGCUAAAUGACAUGUAUCGCACGCUUCUUCCGCGCACAAACGAGGUUGACAGGCAGCGAAGAAACAGGAUGCUUCUUUUCGCCCUGGCGGUCAAAGAAUCCGCGUCUGUUCACGCAUACGCAUGGCUAGACAGGCUGCGGGACCCGGGAUUUCCGUACUCUUUGAAUAUUCCGUCUUGGUCCCAGGCCCAGAUCGACUCCAAUGCUCAAAAAGCUGCAUUUUUGAUCCAAUUUCUCGCAAGAGGGCUCUUGGAAACUAUUCAGACUUCAUCGGAUUACGGGCUAGGAUACUUACCACACGGUGGCCGCUUGGCUACCAGCUUUUCGAAGCCUUAUGUAGGCGUUCGCUUUCUCCACCGCAGCGCUUACGAUUUCCUGAAAGAGCCCUGUCGAAAAGCAGAGCUCCAGGAGUCGUUCCGAGGCCCCGAGGUAUUUGAAGAGGAUUGUUUUAGACUGUUUGUGGCCGAUAUCUUGAUUCUGCAUUGCAGUAACUCUAUUACAUCCAGGAGCCAGUAUCUUCGCGAAGGCUUGAUACAUCUCCUUCAGGGGAGAUGUCAAUAUGAUUACCCCUUGGAAAUCUUAGAGCCAUUCUUUAAGAGCCUGGAAAGUCCAGCGUGGUAUGGCUGCUUGUACCACAAGCAAAGCCAGUCAAGCUACGCCAGCCGACUCCGGGCAUCAGUAAUCCAUCUGGCUACUUUCUGCGGCCAGCUUAGAUAUGUGGAGAAUAAGAUUGGACACAUCAACGACAUCAAUGAUCAUUCAUGCGGGUCUGAGGAAAUGAGCCUCCUCCUAAGCGCGGUUCUGGGAGGUAAUCAUCUACGCAAGGCAGAUCUUGUGUCCUGUUUGUUGCAACACGGAGUGUCGCCAAUGGAAGAAGUCCGACUUUUCGCCGAAACCGAUUCGUCGUUUGCGCCAGGAGGGACGUUCCCAGUUCCCUUCGAGUCGAGAGAUUUGGCUCCCGUUUGGAUGCCGAUUGCCCUGUACCUCGCCCACUUUGUCACAUCCGAGUGCUGCGGAAAGGCGAAGGAAGAAGUACUGGAUACGAUGGAGGCCUUCAGGCAAGUUUUCGGCGCAUUGACAUUCGAGGUCGAAGAUAGUUGCUUCAUUUCCUUGGCUGCUUACGACAAAUCACAGGCCCACGAUGGGUUUCUGGAGGCUCCGCUACGAUGGUUUCUUCACCCGCCACCUCACGGGUUUAAUAAUGCCGGUAGCGAUACGAGACUGACGCAUUUUUAUUCCAAAGAUGAGCAAAAAUACGCAAGACAAGCUUCAAUGCGUGUAAUUGAUGGGCUGUCAGUUCGUGUAUCGCCUGUUUCGAGGCCCCAAAUAUGGAAUCACAGCAAGCAAAAAGGAAACGUGUUCAAAGUUGUUGCACUGCAUUGGGAAGGUAUAUCGGUCGAUUAUAAUUUUUACCAACGAGUAUUUUAA